AUGCAUACACACGUACACUCAAAGUCUCCAGUCUCAAAUCUUUUCUCACACACUCCAUCCCCUGCCCGUUUCCACUACCUCCCACCCCCUUCUUCCUCCCCUUCCCUCACCAUCCUCCAUCGCGUGUCCCCUACCUGCCAUGUCCAUGCCCACACCGUGCAGGUAUCUUCUCUGAAGCCUCUCAGCGCACCCAUCCCUACGGCCAGCGCCUAUGCUCCUCGUCUCUGGGUGCCUGCUUCUGUCGCUCUGCGCCUUCCCUCUCCUGCUGCUGGUUCUGCUGCUGCUGCUGCUACUGGCGUGCAAGCGAGUCAAGCAGGAGACAGGGAAGAGCCAGCGGGGGGUGAGGGGGUGUAUGGAAGGGAGAGGGGGGAGGGAGGAGCAGGGGAGGAGGAGGGAGAGGAGGUGGUGUUGGGUGUGGCAGAGGAUCGGCGGAGGGUGUUCAAUGAUGUGCACUUUGUCUCUUGCACGCGGGAUCAUGAGUACCACCCACCAGUGCUACUCUCUCUCAUCACAGCAUGUGGCGGCCAGGUUCAAACCAUCCCCCCCACCGCCUCCCACCUCCCAGCCUCCUCUCGCUCCCGCCUCUGCUGGUUACCGGCACUCUCCAGACCCGCUUCCUCCUCCUCCCCUUCCCCCCCCUCUCCGCCUUCGUUUAUACCACCUGCACCCACUCCCGCCCCGGCAAAAGCAACGAGAAAAACUUCAGCCAGGGCAGCAAAAGCAGCAGCAACCAAAGCAGCAAAAGCCGCUGCUGCAGCAGCAGCAGCAGCAGAAGCAGAAGCGGCAGCAGCUGCCGCCGCAGCAGCAAGAGCAGCAGCAGCAGAAGUAUCCGCGCUCCCUCCCCCACCUGCUGCUCUCUCCCUGCGAGUAGCCUUGCUGCGCAAGGUGAUAGCUGGUGCUCUCAAGGGGGCGAUUGACAGCUGGGAGGACAUGACUGCUGCUCCUGAAUGGCCCAGAGAGGAGGGGAAAGCAGCAGGGAAGACAGAGGACGGAGCAGCCAUUGAUUUGGACGAGGCUGAUACUGUGGUCCUAUCUGAUGCUUCCCACACCGACAGUGGCAACGACAGCGACAGCACCACAGAGGAUGGCGGCGCUGCUGCUGGCUUUUGCGUCAAAUCGCCUCAUGAUUCUUUCCAUUCAUUCAUCUCUGCAACCCCGUCCCGUUGUUUUGCAGUGGUCCUAUCUGAUGGUUCCCACACUGACAGUGGCAAUGACAGUGACAGUACCACAGAGGAUGGCGGGGCUGCUGGCAAUGCUGCUGCUGCUGGCGGUGGUGGUGGUGGUGCUGCUGCUGCUGCUGACAGCGAUGCCGGAACAGACGACGAGUCUUUUCCAACCUUCCGCACGGCGCCAAGUGCUGCAGAUGACGCAGAGACAGAUGCAGUAGCAGCAGAAGGAGGGGUAGGGGCGACGGCGGGAGUACAGCAAGUGUCCUCACAUGUUGUAGAUAGGCUGGCACCCUGUGUGGGGGAUGGUGGCGGUGAUGGUGGUGGUGAUGGUGGUGGUGGUGGUGGUGGUGGUGGUGGUGGUGGUGGUGGUAAGAGGAAGAGGAAUGCAGGCACAGAACUUGGAAAGGAGGUGCUCGCUGGGUAUCAUCAGGAGGUGGAGGAGGAGGAGGAGGAGGAGGAGGAGGAGCAGCAGCAGCAGCAGCAGCAGCAAGAGGCAAGCGGUCUGGUGAUCGACGGGGGUGGAGGAGCAAGAAGUGCAACAAAAGGAGAAGGAGGUGGUGGUGGUGGUGGUGGUGGUGGUGGUGGUGGUGGUGGUGGUGGUGGUGGUGGUGGUGGUGGUGGUGGGAAUGGCAGUUCGCUUCCACCUGAUAUCGUUAACAAGGUGGUGUUUGUCAAAGGGCUAGUCGUGGUCCCUUCCCCCCCUCACUCCCCUACUGCAACCCCUUUGGGACAGAGACAGCAGCAGCAGCAGAUGCACAGCAUGGCUUUCACUCCGCUCCCUCCUUCUGCUGCUGCUGCCGGUGCCACUCAGGAAACUCAGUUCCCGUGUUCUUCUACUUCUGCCUUACCCAACUUCAAGCGAUUCAAAAAGUACUCACCCAAGCCCUACCGGUACACUCUCUUGCUCACCUUUUGUGGCACUAGAGAUGUAGCCAGGCAACACUAG